AGAGGAGACAGUGGGAUUGCGGGCCAGCUGGGGUCUUACGCUGCGAGUCGCACGUUGUUAUUAAUGGCCCUUCUGUCCUCCGAGCGUAUUGAACAUGCGUGUCGUGCUCACGUGGUCCUUUUCCUUGGCUCAGAUAACAUCCCCGAGGACCUCAGGGACCCCUUUUACAUCGACCAGUAUGAGCAGGAGCACAUCAAACCACCUGUCAUCAAGCUCCUGCUGUCCAGCGAGCUGUACUGCCGUGUCUGCAGCCUCAUCCUGAAAGGGGACCAGGUGGCCGCCUUACAGGGACACCAGUCUGUCAUCCAGGCACUGUCCCGGAAAGGGAUUUACGUGAUGGAGAGCGACGACACCCCCGUGACGGACCCCGACCUCAGCCACGCGCCCAUAAAGAUGAGCGCCCACAUGGCGAUGGUGGACGCCCUCAUGAUGGCCUACACUGUGGAGAUGAUCAGCAUCGAGAAGGUGGUGGCCAGCGUCAAGCGCUUCUCGACAUUCAGCGCCUCGAAAGAACUGCCGUACGACCUGGAGGACGCCAUGGUGUUCUGGGUGAACAAGGUCAAUCUGAAAAUGAGAGAGAUAACGGAGAGGGAAGUCAAGCUGAAACAGCAGCUGCUGGAGAGCCCGGCGCAUCAGAAGGUGCGCUAUCGCCGAGAGCACCUGUCCACGAGGCAGCCGCCCUUCUUCCCGCUGCUGGAGGACCUGAUGAGAGACGGCAGCGACGGGGCCGCGCUCCUGGCCGUGGUCCACUACUACUGCCCAGAGCACAUGAGGCUGGACGACAUCUGCUUGAAGGAGGUCACGUCGGUGGCUGACAGUCUGUAUAACAUUCGGCUCCUGAGGGAAUUCUCAAACGAGUACCUUAACAAAUGCUUUUACCUCACCUUGGAAGACAUGCUGUACGCUCCCUUAGUGUUGAAGCCAAAUGUUAUGGUUUUUAUUGCCGAGCUCUUCUGGUGGUUUGAGAAUGUCAGGCCAGACUUCGUUCAACCCCGGGACGUUCAGGAGCUGAAAGACGCUAAAACAGCGUCACAUCAAAAAAGCAGUCGGCCUCCUGUCCCUAUCUCCAAUGCCACCAAGCGGAGCUUCCGCGGUGGCCCCGCGGCGGCAAGCCCGGCCGAGCCACAGCCCCCCACUGCACUGCUGGCCGAGGGCGGCCACCGGCACCACCUGCACCCCGAGGAGUCUGACCACCUGGGGAGAGGAGCGUCUGCCUUGAGCCCGUCACACCCUUUGUUGCCACUGAGGCAGAAACAGCAGAAGACGGUGCCCGGCGAGGACGCGCCCGGUCAGCGGCACCGCUCCAAUUCUUUGACCCGAGUGGACGGUCAGCCACGGGGAGCAGCAGUAGCGUGGCCGGAAAAAAGGAACAGGCCCGCGUCCCAGCCGGCGCCCUUUGCCCUGCAUCAUGCUGCGAGCUGCGACGCGGACCCCGGCUCUGGCGACAGCAUCAGCCUGGCCCGCUCCAUCAGCAAGGAUAGUCUGGCCUCCAACGUCGUUAGUCUGACCCCGCAGAACCAGCCACACCCCCCGGCCCCCAAGACCAACGGGAAAAGCCUCCUGAACAACGUCGACAUCGAGGACGAGGACGAAGAGCUCGUGGCCAUCAUCAGAACGGACGGGGCUCCGCACGGCGGUGACCAGGGCCUGAUGGCAGGUGCCAGGUCUCCCCAGAGACCGGCGGACACCUCAGGAAGUAAGCCCGACAGUUUCUUCUUAGAGCCGUUGAUGCCGGCCGUGCUGCGGCCAGCCAAAGAGAAGCAGGCCGUCACCAAGGAGGACGAGUGCGGAGAGGGGCGGCCGAGGGGCGGCCCGUCCAGGAGGCCCGGCGAGGGCCACCCACCUCUGGGGCGGAGGAAGGCGCCCGGCAGCCACGUCAGUCGUGACCUGACUAGGACUUUCACCCCGAUCUCCUGCUCGGAACUGCCCGCGGGCUCGGCCCCUGCACCUGCUGAGGCGGGGGAGGCACGUGGCGGGCCGCUGGCCGGCGGCAGGUCUGAGCCGUUGACUCAGGGACAGCCUGCCGACGGCUUCUUUCUCCACGUGGCCAGAGCCGACGAGGACACGGAGGGCCGGCUCUACAUUAGCUGCGCAAGAAGCCCGCUCGCUCGCGACCCGGAGCCGUGGGCUGUCCUGAGGCAAGACUCCGACUCGGACGUCGCGGACCUCGAGGACGCCGAGCACGGUUUUUUCGGCGACGACCACCCCGUGCUCGUCGCCAGGUACGUCGGCGAGGAGGAGUCGGCAAAACUGCAGGAGGACAUGCAGGUGAAGGAGCACGAGGACAAGGACGCCGCCAGCGGCCGCUCCAGCCCUUGCCUGAGCACCGUCUCUCAGCUCAGCAGCGCGUCCGUGGCCAGCGGGAGCGUGAAGAUGACCAGCUUCGCGGAAAGGAAGUUCCAGCGGCUCAACAGCUACGAGGCCAAGUCCAGCACGAGCAGCUCUCAGAAGACCACGCCCGAUGCCUCGGAGAGCUCCCCGGCCCCCCUGACCACGUGGAAGCAGCGGAGGGAGCAGAGCCCCGGCAGGCAGAGCCGAGACCACGCCAGUCUCCUGGCGUCCGAGCUGGUGCAGCUCCACAUGCAGCUGGAGGAGAAGCGGCGGGCCAUCGAGGCGCAGAAGAAGAAGAUGGAGGCCUUGUCCGCCCGGCAGCGGCUCAAGCUGGGGAAGGCCGCGUUCCUGCACGUGGUCAAGAAGGGUAAGGCCGAGGUGGCGCCCCAGCCGCUGAAGCCGGAGCCCGCGGCGCAGGAGUGCGCUCAGCACAAUGGUGAGGACGUCGGUGGCGGCGUGUUCAAGACGGAGGAGUUUCUGCUUGAGGAGGGGCGAGAAGGUCUCCGCGAGUCUCCAGACGCGGACAGAGGAAGCCCGGCCCUCCUUCCGCCUCACAAGCCGAAGGGGCCGGCCGCCCUGCACGAGCUGGCGGAGAACCGCACGCUCUCUGCCGCGCUCCUGGGGGACGCCGGUGAGGUGGCCGACCUGGGCGAGUGCGACCUGUCCAUCGAGAAGCUUAACGAGACCAUCAGCACGCUGCAGCAGGCCAUCCUGAAGAUUUCUCAGCAGCAGGAGCAGCUGCUCAUGAAGUCCCCCCCGGUGCCAGCGCCCGCUUCCAAAACCAGCUCCCAGGACCACAGGGUCAAGGCGUCCAUCCACUUCGUCGAGCCGCUCUCUCCGACUGGAAUGACGGGUCACCGCAAAGCCCCCCGCCUCGGUCAGGGCCGGAAUUCGCGCCCGGGGAGACCCGCCGAGCUGAAGGUUGUGAAGGACAGGCCACAGGGAGCCUCUCGCAGCAAGACCCCAACCCCCAGCGUGGAGGCCCUCCCGCACUUGCGGCCUGCCCCGCCUCGGACGCCGUCCGACCCUGCCUGGGACGGUGUGGCCGACCCCGGGAGUGACACCGACGAGAAGAGCUUCCUGGACAGUUACCGGCUGCAUGACGAAAGCAACCAGCGAGCGUUUGUCCUGCCCUCCCCCAAAGACGCGAACAUCCUGUCGGAGCAGAUGAGCCUCAAAGAGGCUCUGGAGAGCGGCAGGAAGGAGGCGGGGCUCGGCUCCCCAGCGGUCUCAGGACAGGAGAAUGUCCCCGUGGACGGGCCCCCGAGGAGCAAAGCCAGCCUCAUCGAGGUGGACCUGUCGGACCUGAAGGCCCCCGACGAGGACGGGCAGACAGAGGGCCCCGAGAGCUCGGCGGAUCUCGGCAGCGAGGGCGAUCAGAAGCUGGGGGUCGGCUUCUUCUUCAAGGAUGAACAGAAGGCGGAAGACGAGCUCGCCAAGAAGCGGGCGGCCUUCCUCCUGAAGCAGCAGCGGAAGGCGGAGGAGGCCCGGAUGCGGAAGCAGCAGCUGGAGGCAGAAGUGGAGCUCCGGAGAGACGAGGCCCGCCGCAGAGCCGAGGAGGACCGGGUGCGCAAGGAGGAGGAGCGGGCCAGGCGCGAGCUCAUCAAGCAGGAGUACUUGCGGAGGAAGCAGCGGCAGGUCCUGGAGGAGCAGGGCCUGGGGGGCCCGAAAGCGAAGCCCCGGAAGCCGCGGCCCAAGUCCGUCCACCGGGAGGAGCCGCAGAGUGACUCGGGGACCAAGUGCUCCUCGACGCCGGAUAACCUGAGCCGGGCCCAGUCGGCCUCCAGCCUGUCCUUGGCCUCCGCAGCGACGACCGAGCCCGAGAGCGUUCAUUCGGGGGGCGCGCCUUCCCAGCGCAGAGUCGAGUCCCUAGAAGCCUUGCCCACGCUGAGCCGCAACCCCAGCCGGAGCACGGACAGAGACUGGGAGACGGCGUCCGCAGCCUCCUCCCUCGCCUCGGUGGCCGAGUACACAGGUCCCAAGCUCUUUAAGGAGCCCAGUAGUAAAUCCAACAAGCCAAUUAUUCACAAUGCUAUAUCCCAUUGCUGUCUGGCCGGAAAAGUGAAUGAGCCUCACAAGAAUUCAAUAUUAGAGGAGCUGGAGAAAUGUGACGCCAACCACUACAUCAUCCUGUUCCGGGACGCCGGCUGCCAGUUCAGGGCACUGUACUGCUACUACCCCGACACCGAGGAGAUCUGCAAGCUCACGGGCACGGGGCCAAAGAGCGUCACCAAGAAGAUGAUCGACAGACUGUACAAGUACAGCUCGGACCGGAAGCAGUUUAACCUGAUCCCAGCCAAAACCAUGUCCGUCAGCGUGGACGCGCUCACCAUUCAUAACCACCUGUGGCAGCCCAGGCGGCCCGCAGUGCCAAAGAAGACCCAGACUCGCAAGUGACACGGGCGCCAGCCGGGGCGAGGAGGCGCCGACGGGUCGGUACUUAUUUUUAUCCGUUGGGUACAAAGCGUGCAGAAUCACAGACCUUUUUCAGACAGGCUUCUUGUCGACAGAAGAAAACCCUCCCUUAGCUCCCAGCACACAGAGGAUGCCGGACGCCGUGCCCAGGGGCUCACGGCUCGCUGGUCACCGCUGGCCACGAGCUUCCGGGCGAGGGAUGUGUGUGGCAGGGCUCCUUUUACUUGAAGUUCUUCAGUAUAAAUUAAAAGCGAUUUACUCAACUUUCUGCCCUCUGGCCUCACCCCCUUUGCACAUGACCCGACCCCCUCACGUGGGCAGCUGUGGCCGCGUGAGGGAACAGGACUGUGACGGGCUCCUCUGGUCAGCGUGUUUGAAUGUCUUCAGGAAAGGAAUUCGUAGGGGGGAAUCUUUUUCAUUUGGGAAAUUGUAUGAUAUUUAUUGAUUGUGUCUACUGCCAACGUUUAUAUCCAAUUCUGAGAUUUCUGAAAACAAUUCUUGUUCUUUGCUGCUCAGAAAACGUUUACUGAAAAUACCAGUUCACUAAAAGCACUGAUAUCUGCAAAGUCUGUCUCUGCUAAAAUAACGUUUACAACACGGAGAUGGUUCCUUCUGACACAGUCGUGACGCUGAGCAGCACAGCUGGCCGGCGAUGGGCGAGGCGAGCAGGUAGUGGCCAUCGCUCGUUAGGUUUGGGUAGCGAGUACUCUGACGAUUUGUUCACUUUAAUAAAGGCAGAUUUUGGUAAAGUAGAA